AUGGGUUUCGUCGAAGACGAGCUUAAGCAGCUCAAGGAUGUCAUCUCAGCCCUUGACUCGCGCAUCAAGCGCCUCGAGCAACGCGCCACGGGCUCCUCUCCUUCCACAGAAGAGAUCCGGAUGAUCCUUAUUGGACCCCCCGGAGCUGGCAAGGGAACACAGGCCCCCAAGAUCAAGGAGCGCUUCUCUUGCUGCCACCUGGCCACUGGCGACAUGUUGCGCUCCCAAGUAGCCAAAAAGACUGCCCUCGGCCGCGAAGCCAAGAAAAUCAUGGAUCAGGGCGGUCUCGUUAGCGACGACAUUGUCAUUGGCAUGAUCAAAGCAGAGCUCGACAACAACAAGGAGUGCCGAGGCGGCUUCAUCCUCGACGGCUUCCCUCGCACCGUUCCCCAAGCGGAGGGUCUCGAUUCUAUGCUCCAGGAGCGCAACCAAAAGCUUCAGCAUGCCGUUGAGCUGCAAAUCGAUGACGCCCUCCUCGUGACCCGUAUCACCGGCCGCCUGGUCCACCCGGCUUCUGGUCGUUCCGACGACACUGCCGAAGCACUCAAGAAGCGAUUGGGUACCUACCACCAGCAGACCGCCCCCGUCGUCGCUUAUUACCAGAAGACAGGUAUUUGGAAGGGCGUGGAUGCCAGUCAGCCGGCCGGCCAGGUUUGGAAAAAGGUGUUGGAUAUCCUUGAGGGACGCGACAAGAGCCGCGCUCCCGGUCUCCUAAGCAGGAUCGCUGGCAAGAGCUGA